AUGAGUUGUAAAAUAAACCCCUUAAGCUCACCAUUUCCAUGCAAAUUGUUCACUAAGAAGCCAAAGCUUAGAAGAAGAAACACUAUCUUAUUUUCCUUUUCCUCAAGUGAAAAUCAGCAAAAAACCAUUUCCGCCACCACAAGGAUUGGAACUCCAAUACCUGAGGCUUACACUGUCGGUUUCAAGACAGAAAAGGGUUGCAAGCUUGCCAUUUCAAGGUAUCCUGACUUUGAAUAUGAUGCAGAGGGGGGAAUGGGAACUGGGGUUGGUGCAAAGGUCACAGAGAAUAGUCCAGCCAACAAUGACCUUCCUGUUUCAUUUGAUAUUGAAAGUUUGUAUAUUCCACCAUUAACAAGUUCUACGACCAAGUUUCUUGGAUUGCCAUUGCCACCGUUUUUGAAGAUUGAUAUAGUUCCAGAAGCAUUACAUGGAAGUAUUAACCAAGAAUCUGGCAAGGUUGAUCUUGAGUUCAAGGCCAAGUUUUUGUUUUCUGCUGGUAGUCUCUAUAAGGCUCCUCCACUGUUGGUGAAGACAGUGUUGACAUCUGAAGAAACAAAAGGCACUAUGAAGAGUGGAAGAGGCAAGAGAUUGGAUAAAGACGGGAAUUGCAGACUGGUUGGUGUAGCAACAGUUGACCCUAUUGAUGAUCUCUUUAUGAAUUCCUUCCUUGGCCUCCCAACUGAGUGCCUUGCUGAGUUAAAGGCUGUAAUCUCCAUUUCUUCCUCAUCUUAA